AUGUCACUCGAAACAUUUAAAGAUGUGCAUAAUGGAUAUGUGGUUAAUGACUCGUGUGUAUUUGGAGUUGAAGUUUUUACCAUAAAUCAAACUGCUUCAAUCUCUGCAACACUUUCUGUAGUUCAACGUCGAUUCAUAGAUAAUCCUAUCUUUCGUUGGGAAAUUAAAGAAUUUUCUAAGAUAAUGAACAAAUAUGUCCACAAAUCUCAAGUGUUUUCUUAUGGAAAAAUAGAGUGGCAUUUAAGUAUUGGUCAAAACGGUCAACAAAGCAUAGAUGGAAAAUCAUUGGCAAUGUUUUUAAUAAUGGAACAUCCAAAAGAAUCAACAACUUAUGUUGAGUUUUGUCUCCGAUUAAUAAAUGUUUUAGUCUUGGCAAAAGUGGUGGCAAAAGUCAUGGAUGGGGUUGUUUGA